CCCAUCGAGCGGCCCGCCGCGGCCCCCGGGCCCCCCGCGUCCCCCCACACCGCAAGAUGGCGGCCGGGAAGGGCCCGCAGUCGGAAGUGACGACCCGCAUCCUGCUCCUCCCCCCAUCGGCGCGCGGGCGGGGGAGGAGGAGGAGGAAGAGGAGGAGCCACGCCGGCAGGAGGUGACGGCGGAGGCCCGCGCGGGCGCACGCACGGCGCCGUCGUCAUGGAGACGGGCGCUUCCGGGCCCGAGCGGAAGUGGACUCCCAAUGCCCGGUUCUUUCGCUACAUUUGGCCACAGAGGUGGUGGUGAGUCCGAGAGCGACGCCGUAGUGCGCGUUCAUAAAGGGGCCAGAAUGUCGUGUUUCAAAUAUGUUUCACAGAAGUAUCAGCUGCUCCUCCUUUUGGUGACUUGGGGAGCUUUAUUUAGAAAACGAUCCUUCUACCAUAGAGAUUGUAAGGUGUAGAGCGGCGCCAAUAGCGGCCGUAGAGAGAAGCCUCCGGUUUUGCCUAGAGCGGCUCUACGCUACUCCAUACGCAGCUCGAGAAUUAAAAUGACUUCCAAAGUCCACCGGAAGUUCCGGUGUUGUUGGACUCGAAUGUUACCCGCACAGGAAUAACACCCACAGGGCGGGUGUUAUAUGUACUGACAGGAAGCGGAAGUUGUGUCAAGGAAACGGGCGGAAAUGAAUGAGAAAUAGCUCUUGCCCUGAAGUGGGAUGGAAAAAGCGGGUGGAGGGCGCAGUUUGGAAUCCUGGAGAUUGCAAUUGGCUGCCUCCAAUGUGACGCAAGAAGAUGUACCUCCCAGGAAAUAUGGGGGAGGGUGACGAACAGCUUUUUGGUGACGUCAGGGCACGAGUGGCCAAUGGCAUGGCGAGAAUCCCUAGGUGUUAAUACCCUCAAUCCUCACGGUGACGUCAUAGCGAGGAAUUACUACAGGAUGUGCUAUUUAUUUUUGGAGCAUAUGAGGCCCUCCUGUUAUCAGGCCUGGUUACCUCCUUGUUUAUUGCCACCUUCCAAAGAAGCUGGUAGACUGCCUCUAGUCAGGAAGGCUCUUCCUAUAUACAGUUUCUAGAGCAGGGUUUCCUUGCAAAUCAAUAAUACUGUGUGCACUGUUCAAAACAAAAUAAAGACACUUAGAAUGUGCUAUCAACCUUGUGAGAAGGAAGAAUUGUGAGGGAGGAAGGUGCAGGGCUUGGUGGUCCACUCAGACUGCCCUCUCCCAAAUUCCUUUUCCUUUUCUCCAGGUCUUCUUGAUUUUAUAAUCUUGCUCCUAAUGGCGUUUAUCUGUCUGCUGUGUAAUAAAUGAAAAUUUAUUUUCAGCUGUUUAAAAUAGCAUACUUUCAUUUUUUUCUAAUGUUAUUGUGCACACCUAUCUCUCUGCUUGGCUACUCCAAACGAAGCCCCUCUGAAAUCCGUAGGAUUUGCAUUACUACCUAGGAUGUACAGUUAGCAUUGCAGCCUACGCAUGUUUACCUAGAAGUAAGUGCCUUGAGCUCAACAGGACCUUCUCUUGAGACAGCAGGCAUAAGAUUGCACUGUAAGCUGUUUCCCCUCUUAUGUACCUUAGCAAGAGUUUACAAAGAGAAUGUGAAUGUGGAAAAAAUCGUAUAUCAACUUUGUCUUCUGUUAGAUUAAAGCUACAGCAGGUUUUAUUUCAGGGGGGGUUGACUGGAUGACCCUGGGGUCCCUUCCCUGCCCUAGUAUUCCAUGCUAGUUGCUUAGAAAUGCUCAAGGCCUUUGGAGGUCUUCUUAUCUCAACAGCUGCGUUCCCACUGAAGGAGGAGCCCACCCCCCCCCGCCUUUUUAAUGAAUCAGCAGAAAAACAAGUAGCCUGCAGAAGAAAUCCAGCUCAGACCAGUUUUGCAGUUUGGUUGUGCUGAAGCAGCUACAGAUGUUACGUUUGGAUUUGUACAUGGGAUUUGCUUUGCUGAACUGUAUAAGAGUGCUUUGGACAAUAAUGCAAGCAAGCCACCUUACUUUUCGGCACGACCCAAGGUUUGGGGUUCUAUUUAGCUAAACCAAACCUGUCUUGUGCCUUCCUCUUGUGAGUCUGUUUCCCUUUCUCUAGGACAGGGGUUGUCAAUCUGGUCCCUACCGCCCAAUAGGGGGUGUUUCUGGGUUCUAGGUGGGUGGUAGGGGGUUCUACAACACAAGCUGAAUCUUCCUUCCAUCGAGCACUGGUGGGCGGAAAGGAAAUUUUACCAUCAGGAAAGAUGCAUUAGUGGGUAGGUAUUAAAAAGUUGACUAUUCCUGCUCUAAGAGGACAUUUGGAUUCCUUCCAGGGAACAGAACAUAUUUUUAACACUCCCUUGAUGACUGUAAAAUAAAAAUAAUACAGUCAUGCCUCAGGUUAAGCAUUUUCGGGUUGCGCUCUACGGCGACCCGGAAGUAACGGAGCGCAUUACUUCCGGGUUUCACCACUUGCGCAUGUGCAGACGCUCAAAAUGACGUCACGCGCAUGUGCGGAAGCGGCAAAUCGCGACCCCAACGCGGGUUGCGUUCGCUUCAGGAUGCCAACCAGGCUCCGGAACAGAUCCCAUUCGCAUCCAGAUGUGCCACUGUAAUAACAAUAACAGUAAUAAUAAUACAGACUAUGUAAUGAGGAAGUGGGUGGAGUCUAAGCUCAGAGGAAGGGGGUUGUUAAGCCAGAGCAGCUGAAUGGCUCACAUGUAACGCCUGGCAACUAAGCAGACCUUUGUAAGACCUAAGUAGCUUUGGAAAUGGAGAGCAGCAAUGCUGAACCUGAUCUGUGAGGGAGCUCCAACCAGAAACAGCAUCUUUUCCCCUCAGCUCUUGGCAAAUACAUCCGAGGGCAUGGAGGAAGAUGCAAGCGGCUAGCUCAUUCCCAGUGAAGACUUGGUCACCAAAGACGGUGAUCAGGAUGUGGCAAUCCAGCCAGACUCUUGGUCCUUUAGCCUCAGGCCUUGCUGAAAGAGAUGCAGCCUCUCUCGCCACCCUGAAGUGCCCUUGGCGAGAGGUGAAGGAGGGUGUCUGCUCCAGCUGUUUUUGCUGCUCACAAGCCAGCUGUCUGCUUGUGUGCAUGGAGUCUGUUGAAAAAUGCAUGUGGUGGUUCAGUGGGGGACUCUCUGGACCAGUUGCCAUGGAUACCAAGGACGGAGAUUCCUCCCUCAUCACCGGAGAGAAAGGCCACUUCCUCACUGAGGCGACAAACACUGUAACCACAGCAUUUUCUAGUGAGCACUUCAACUGUCCAAAUGCUCCUUUGUCUGCGCUGAAGGGGAGCUUUUUACUAUAGUUUUUGAACCUUGCCAUUUUAAAGUAAUAUACAAACAAGUGAAAACAGGACAUUGGAACAUGGUUUGACACCUGAAGGUCACAUUUGCACUAUCCAUUUAAAGUACGUGGCUUCCCCCAAAGAAUCCUGGGACCUGUAGUUUGCUCAGGGUGCUGAAAACAGUAGCCCUGCAAAGGGGCAAACUAUAGUUCCCAUGAUUUUUUUAGGGGGAAGCAAUAUGCAUUAAAGGGAAGGUGUGUAUGGGACUAAAGCAUUAAUGCAUAUGUGCUGGGUUGCCACCUACGGUGCAUCAGUCUCAAUAGAAGCUGAACAAACCUCAUAUUUCUGUUCUUCACACUCAAGCUGCUAGCUUGCCCACUCAGGUAGGUUGUGAAAAUGGGUAGUACAUUGCUGCAAGGUGGGGGCGGCUUCCUCUUCCAGGGUCAACGCAUAAUAUAACCUGUAGUGCACACCAAGUGCUCCUUUUUACGAAACAGCAACAACCCCGUGCGUAGAAAUCUAGUGUGCCCAGGAGGAGAGUUGGCCCUUUCCCUGAUGUGCUGGCUUUCUGGGGCAGGGAACUGGUUGGAAUGGAGGAGCCUGAAGUCUGAGAUGGCAAAGCCGAGGCCCAGAUUCCUUACUGCAGGAAAGGCUAGGCUAGAGAGAGAGAGAGAAAUAUAUAUUAUUAAAUAUUGUUAUUCAUCAUUAUUGAGUAAAGGUAAAGGGACCCCUGACCAUUAGGUCCAGUCGUGGCCGACUCUGGGGUUGCGGCGCUUAUCUCGCUUUAUUGGCCGAGGGAGCCGGCGCACAGCUUCUGGGUCAUGUGGCCAGCAUGACUAAGCCGCUUCUGGCAAACCAGAGCAGCGCACAGAAACGCCGUUUACCUUCCCGCCGGAGCGGUACCUAUUUAUCUACUUGCACUUUGACGCGCUUUUGAACUGCUAGGUUGGCAGGAGCAGGGACCAAGCAAAGGGAUUCGAACCGCCGACCUUCUGAUCAGCAAGUCCUAGGCUCUGUGGUUUAACCCACAGCAGCACCCGCAUCCCAUUCAUUAUUGAAUAGGACGUCUCUAUUUUCAUCAGAGAAAUGUUGGAGUGUUUGGGCUAGUGAGGGGUGUGACCUGGGGGUUUGUCACUAAGGAAGAAUCUCGAGGGGCAAGGAGAGAGGCUUGAGGCUCCCCGCACUCCUGUCCGAAGCGAAUAAGAACAGCACCCCCCCAUCCCGUUCCUCACACUGCUACUCUUCUACAGAUGGCGAAAGAUGGAGAACCUGUCAACGCAUCAAUUCUUCCUUCCUUGCCAUAAUCGAACUAAUGACAUCUCCCACAUCUGCCAGCCUCUAGAACAUGUUUCUAGGCCACUGAGGAGGCUUCCCUGGUGAAUCAAUCAUGGAGACGCGAAAUUUGCUGUUGUCAUUGUCCUUUGAAACGCCUUAGCGGAAAGGCACACUCCAAAAGUGCUUCCCUGGGCCCCGUUCUCUCCCCGCCCCCCCACUCCAAGGGCCCUGCGCAUUUGCCCUCAAACAUGGAAACUCCAUUACCAAAGUAUGCAGCUGGCACAGAGUGGUGUGACCUUUAUAGAUGCCAACAAGGUUGUGGUACUGUGGCUGAUUCACAUUAUGCUGGAGGGAGGUUAAUUGGAAGAGGGGGAGAGGGAGCAGAGGAGAACAGACCCUCGCCCCAGAGACACUACACAGUCAUUUGCAGCCAGCUUCUGCCAGGCUGAAGCUUGCAAGCUACAUGCACAGUCUUCGUAAUACUAAAAAAAAGGGUUCCUUUUUCUGUUAGGCAAAGUUCAUAAGACGACCCGGAUGGUCGCCAGAUUCUGUGUACAGAUCUGUAGGCGCAAACCAUCUCCCGACUCAAACUAGUUCGUUAAGAAAAUCCCCAAACUCGGUUCCAUGGGUGACUCUGGGUCAUCUCUCUGCGGCAGCUUAUCUUAAAGUUUUAAGUGUCUAUACGCUUAUCGCAUUUAUAAAUGUUAAAUUUAUUGUUGUAUAUUGUUUUAAAUGUUUGUUUUCCUUCUGGGAUUGUACUCCAAGUGUGUUUUAUAAGCUGGUCUCCAACUGUAAUAAAUUAUCUAAUAAUUUAGAUUGGGGAUCUGGCCACCCUGAUUGUGUUGAGAGGGCCCCCGUCUCUCUCUCUCUCUCUCUCUCUCUCUGUCUCUCUGUGUGUGUCUCAAACACACCCGGAGGGAAAUUUGCAGGAGAGGCACCAGACAAAAAUAUUGGGGUGGGGGGAAUCACAUCCCAAGGCCAAACUGUGUUCGGGGGAGAGAUCUGCCUGCGCAGUCUGAGAGGACUGCGUGGAAGGAGCUGUCCUGGCCUCUCAGCCUCAACAUGGUCUCCUGCCCUGCUCUUGGAUCUGCUGUCUGGAGGCGAGACUUCAUGGAAGGAACUGCUCUUCAGAAGAAAACACAAUAAGGGUGGGGUUGGAGGGAGGAUGCGGUGGAGAGAGGAGGAGGAGGACAACAUUUGUAUUCCUUGCAAUGUCCCCACCACUUCUUUUAUUAGACUUGACUCAUCAUCCAGCUCCCGCUUCCCCUGCUAAAUGCUCGUCUCACUCUCGGGCGAUUGUGAAUUAUUAAAAGCCAGGGAUGCUGAAUCAUCAGAGCACCGUGUUUGGCGGGAAAAGGAUACAAAUGAGUGUAUAUCGCACACACAGAGAGAGUGGCGGCUGUUGCGACUGGUAGGGCAGAAGGCAGGGAGGCCAACAGUAGGUGGUGCUAGAGCUCCCUGUUGAGUUCUACAGUGGCAACACUUGAGUCUGUGUACACAUUACUCUGGCUCCAGUGCGUUCCUGUUGCCAAUAUGCGACGCCAUAUACACAUGACAUGAGCCACAAUGCGUAUCUAUGCCAUAGUUUCUUGAGAAUUGUUGUUGUUAAAAUAAAAUACCACCCUUCAUCCCUAGAUCUCAGGGUGGUUCACAACAUAAAAUUAUAAUAUGCAGAACACAAAAUACAUAAUAAAAACAAACCAAGAAUUUCCCCCCUCCCACAACAUAUUUAAAAGGGUACCAGCCAAAGGGCUGGUUGAAGAGGAGCGUUCUCUCCUGGUACCUAAAGGUAUAUAAUGAAGGUGCCAGCUGAACCUCCCUGGGGAGAGCAUUCCACAAAUGGGGAGCCACUGCAGAAAAGGCCCCGUUCUUGUGUUGCCCUCCAGACCUCAACGUGGAGGAGGUACACAAAGAAGGUGAUCUCAGGGUCUGGGUAGGUUCACGUGGAGAGAGUCGGUCCUUGAGGCACUGUGAUCCUCUUGACCCGCUUGAAGCAUUUCCCCCUCAAACCAGCUUCCACCUGGUUUGAAAACACACACCGCAGCUGCUUCCCAGGUGCGGAUAUUUGAGACAGCUGUUGCGCUUGCACAGAUGUCAGCAGAUGUCGUACCAGAACUCCAGGGAAUGAACCGGGGACCUUCUACAGGCAAGGCAGAUGUUCUGCGGCUGAACUAUGGCCCUUCUCCAAAAAAGGGGACGCGGGAUACUGCCUUAAAGGUAAAGGUAAAGGUAAAGGGUCCCUGACCAUUAGGUCCACUCGUGACCGACUCUGGGGUUGUGGUGCUCAUCUUGCUUUAUUGGCCGAGGGAGCCGGCGUACAGCUUCCGGGUCAUGUGCCCAGCAUGACUAAGCCGCUUCUGGCGAACCAGAGCAGCGCACGGAAACGCCGUUUACCUUCCCGCCAGAGCGGUACCUAUUUAUCUACUUGCACUUUGAUGUGCUUUCGAACUGCUAGGUUGGCAGGAGCUGGGACUCUGAGCAAUGGGAGCUCACCCCGUCACAGGGAUUCGAACCGCCGACCUUCUGAUCAGCAAGUCCUAGGCUCUGUGGUUUAACCCACAGCGCCACCUGCGUCCUGCGGGAUACUGCCUUAAAAAGCAUCAAACCAUUGGCCCAUCAAACUCAACACUGACUGGCAGCAGUUCUCCAGGGUUUCAGGCAGGGGGCAUUCCCAGGUCUACCUGGCGACGACAAGGGUUGAACCUGGAAUUUUCUGCAUGCAAAGCAGGUGAGUUAGAGGCCGCCUCUCGGUUCCUGCAGCUGACUACAGACAAAGCCAUUAGUCCAGCUAACUAGGAGAGCGCUGUCUUCUCUUCCAGCUCCCCUCACCCCCCUGUGCAGCCUGCCUUUCUGUUCCAUAGGCUCUUCACGCAUGGACAGGCAUUCUGGCCCAGAGCAUCACGCCUGGCUAGAACAGAAGAGCAAAUGCCAGACGCCAUCUGCAUGGCUGCCCUUGCGCCUGCCUUUCCUGACCUCCUGACUUUCCGAUGAGGGAGGGGAGCUGUUUGAAUGGGGUGGGGAGGGGGGCGAGCAGGGAAGGAACUUGAGAAACACAGCUGUUGACCUUGCUAUUGAAACCAAAGGGAACCUUCAAAUAUUCCGCAAAACAUUGCCAUUGUGUAAUAUUUCCAUUUGGAAAAAAAAUACCAUGGUAUGCAGGAUUUGAAGUAUAGCAAAAGAUGAGAAUCUGUAGUUUAACCAUUUGGAAUUAACGUAUAUAAUGGGUGAUGAUGCUGAUUAUACCCUGCCCAUCUGGCUGGGUUUACCCAGCCACUCUGGGCGGCUUCCAGCACAAAUAAAAACAUCGUAGAAUGUCAAACAUUAAAAAAAAAAAAAACCCCUUCCCAUUACAGGGCUGCCUUCAGAUGUCUUCUAAAAGUUGUGUACACUGUAGUUCUUUUAUCUCCUUGACAUCUGAUGGAUAAAAUGUAAGCAACAUAGCAGCUUUAUCAGGGCAUAAAACAAUACCAUAGAAGGUUGGAUUGGAAAUCAAUGGAUAGGAGAGAUUUGUUGUGACUGUGUUUUUAAAAGAAUUCGUAAAUUUGAAAAUUUAAUUUAAAAAGAUUAUUUUUAAAAAAUGAAACCAAAGAAACAAGGAAUGUAAAAUGUGGAGACAGCUUCUCUUGGACUUGGUGGGACCAUGCUGUGGGUUUAUUGAUUUAUUCAAAUUUACAGCAUUUACAAACUGCUUCUUAUUGUGACAUACCACCCCAAUCUCCAAGCAGUGAGAAACUCCAGCAGUUCCAGCACUUGCCCAGGGUUCAGUUUCCUUGGAACAAGAGGAGACUGUGACACAUUUGGGAUAGGUAGAUAGAUAUAACGUAUUUUUUGCUCUAUAAGACGCACCAGACCACAAGACGCACCUAGUUUUUGGAGGAGGAAAACAAGAAAAAAAAUAUUCUGAAUCUCAGAAGCCAGAACAGCAAGAGGGAUCACUGCGCAGCGAAAGCAGCAAUCCCUCUUGCUGUUCUGGCUCCUGAGAUAGCUGUGCAUCCUGCAUUCGCUCCAUAAGACGCACGCACGUUUCCCUUACUUUUAAGGAGGGAAAAAGUGAGUCUUAUAGAGCAAAAAAUACGGUACAUACAACCUGAGCGUAGGGUGGAGGGGCUCACAGCAAUAACCCCUCAGCAGAUCUUGCUGUUCCAUUGGUCACAGUUUUAGAUCCAGGACAGAGUGAAGCACAGUCUUUCUGUCUGCAGCUUCUAGCAUUCCACUUUUCAGCUCUCACACACAACGCUGGCAAGUUCAUGAAGCAGGGCGGGGGGUGGAAGCCCACUGAGUUGGUUUAUGGCAACAGAGCGACUUCUUUGGGGAUGUUAAAUCGUGGCACUCAACUAGCCAGCCGUUAACUUGAUAAUGGACCAGGUUUGGCAAGCUUGCUUUCGUAUAUUGGAAGAGGACCCCAGAUGAUAUCCAGACUGAGCCCCAACCUCACCCGCAAAACACAUAACAAUCAUUUUUUAUUUUUGAAAAAUCUCAAAGAUGUGUACACAGCAUAAAAACGGGGUCAAGAAUAUUGUUAAAACUAAAACAGAAAUACAGCAUGAAACAUUGAAAACAGUAGUGUAAAAAUAUAUAAAAGCUUGCAAAAUGGGCGUUCAUAUGAAUUUAUAUUAAAAAAAAUAUUUUGGGCCUGGGAAAGCUUGGGCAAAGAAGAUUGCAAAAUUGAAGAAAUCACAGCUAGCUAAAUGCAGGAAUCACAUUCAUAUGCAUCACAGCUUUUGAAGAACUAGAGUCCACUUCAUCAGAUGCAUUAUUAUUAAAUUUUGGUAAUGCUUUCAUGAAGAAAUGGACAUUUCUUCUUGUGAACUGCCCUGAGGUGUAUUUGUAUGAAGGUGUGUAGAUGCUUUCGAUAAACUAAAUGAAAACAAAGACCAGGCUGUUCAUCUGGGCGGCUUCUUGGCUGAUGUGUUCUUGUGUCCUGCCUAACCCCCCACUCCAGCAGCCAGCCCCCUCCCCAGGCAUCCAUCAGGCCUUGUUUGUGGGUUAAGCCCUGACUGACCUAAAUGGAGCCUGCUUUGAAUUUGGCUGGUUUCAGUCUAGCUCCCCCUCUCCACACAUUCCUCUUCCUGGCCAAACCCUAGGUGGUUUGGGGGGCAGAGUGGAGUGCAAUGUGUUCCAGUCGCCUGCUCAGUCAGGAAGGCUUCGUGUUUGUAAACAAGACAGCACGCAAAAUGGUAUAUGAGUGGCAGGGAAGCACACUGAGAGAUUAAAUGCAUUGUUCUGCUGUCAUGGGGUGUGUGUGUGUGUGUGUGUGUGUGUGUGUGUUAGGGAUGCAUGACCAUGUCAAUUUUUGUUUCAGUUUCUCCUUUCUCCAAUCAGUUUUCCACAUUUCCACAUAAAAGCAUCUGGAGUCAACUAAACACACAGUCCCUCCUCCUGCCAACUAAACACACGGUCCCUGCUCCUGCCAACCUAGGAGUUCGAAAGCACAUCAAAGUGCAAGUAGAUAAAUAGGUACUGCUCCAGCGGAAAGGUAAACGGCAUUUCCAUACACUGCUCUGGUUCGCCAGAAGCGGCUUAGUCAUGCUGGCCACGUGACCCAGAAGCUGUAUGCCGGCUCCCUCGGCCAAUAAAGCGAGACGAGCGCCGCAACCCCAGAGUCGGUCACGACUGGACCUAAUGGUCAGGGGUCCCUUUACCUUUACCUUAAACACACAGACAUACCUGUGUGCAGCUAACUCCACACAAAGGCUCACACAACUCAAACACAUACACUCUCUCACACAUAAAGUCAUACAGUGGUACCUCGGGCUAAGUACUUAAUUCAUUCCAGAGGUCUGUUCUUAACCUGAAACUGUUCUUAACCUGAAGCACCACUUUAGCUAAUGGGGUCUCCCACUGCUGCCACAUUACUGGAGCACGAUUUCUGUUCUCAUCCUGAAGCAAAGUUCUUAACCCGAGGUAAUAUUUCUGGGUUAGUGGAGUCUGUAACCUGAAGCGUCUGUAACCCGAGGUACCACUCUUGAGUUCCCCCACCAGAAGCACCGCCGUACAAUACAGGGAAGGAGUGUUGAUACAGAUUGUACAACCGUGGCUUAUUCAUUCAUAAGAAGAACCCCGCUGAAUCAGUCCAAUGACCAGUCUACUCCAGCAUCCUGUUCUUACAAUGGCCAGCAAGAUGCUCCAUUGAAAAUCCCACAAGCAGGACCUGAAUCACUCUGCCUGUGAUCUCCAGCACCUGGCAUUCAGAGGCAUGAAGCCUCCAACAGAGGAGUGACCACUGGCCAGUAGCUGCUAAUAGUCCUCUCCUCCAUGAAUUUGUCAAAUCUUUUAAAGCCAUCCAAGUUGGUGCCCAUCACUGCAUCCUGCCGGAGGGAAUCCCAUAGUUUAACUACAAAAAGAAGUUCUUUCUUUUCUUCAGUCCUGAAUUUUCCAACAUUCAGUAUCAGUGGAUGGAAGGAUGACGCACACAGAACUAUCAUCCUGUUACACACACUCUCUCUCUCUCUCUCUCACACACACACAGAAAACGAUGCAUGUAGGCUUCAGGAAUUAUUGUGCAGGUACCCAGAAUCACACUCAUGGGACCUCUUGCACAUGAUCAAAUCAAUACACUCGUGCAUGGCUACUGUACAUACUUGACCGCAGCGAAUACCUUUUCCUGCAAUAAACAGGGAGGGAAUCUCUCCCCUUCCACCCCACUUUCUGGCUCUCACACACUACAAGGUGGGAAGUAUAUAGUUCUCUCCAGUGCCUGCCUCUGCUUACAUGCAUAUACUGUGUAUAUAUAUAUAUAUAUAUAUCCACUCACUGGGUCAUCUGACAACUGGGAAACACUGGCCUGCGAGUGCUCCAGUUGGAGAACAGCCUUUACCAAAGGUGUCAUGGGCUUUGACGACACUCGAACUCAGGGCACAAGGGAGAAACGUGGUAGGAGGAAGCACGCUUGGCAAAUCCACACCGUGAUCAGCUCCUGCCUGGAAAUCAAUGUCCCCACUGUGGAAGGACGUGUGGAUCCAGAACUGGCCUCCACAGUCACUUACGGACUCACUGUUAAAACUGUGUUUAUGGAAGACAAUCUUACUCAGUUACGAGUGAUCGCCAAAGAAGAAGAAGAAGAUAUGCACAUACUGUAACAGAUUCUGCCCGUAGCUGGGUGGUACAUGCAGGUUUAAUCUCCAGUAUCUGCAAGUAGGGCUGGGAAUGAGCUGCUAUCAGUUGGAGCCAAGGGGACACUACUCAACUAGAGAGACCAGUGGUCUGGCACAGUAUAACUGAGUGUCCCAUCAGUGAAGGGCCUUGGUUUAGUGUUAGAGCACCUGUUUGGCAUGCAGAAGGUUCCAGGUUCAAUCCCCGGCAUCUCCAGGUAGGGCUGGAAACAUCCCCUGGGGGAGCCCUUGGAGAGCGUCUGCUGGUCAUUGUAGACUAUUGGACUACUUGAAUAUUGCUCAACUGCCUUGGUGUAUCAUGUCAUGAAAUUUCUGCCCAUUGUAGCAAUUGAAGUGGGCUGUGCUAUUUGCUGUCUGAUUUCGAAUGGUAUCUUGGAAUUAAAAUGGUAAGGCAAUAGAAUACAAUACAAUAAAUUUUAAAAGCAAGCUGGUUUGGUUGUUUUUUUUUAAAAAGCCUUAUUUCUAGCCACAUCAGAUAACUGACCCACCCGCUCCAGGUUCUCAGAGGGUAAGCACACUCUUUGAACUGUCUACAGUAGUGGGUUUUUGUAGCUUACUUAAUGACACAGUCACACGGAUGGCAAAUGCCAUCCAAAUACGAUUUCAUCCGGCGCUCUUUUGGAUUAUAUGAGCUUUUGAUCUGCUGUUUAUGUCUUAUCUUGUGAUGCUGCCGUUUUGCCUCUUCUGUACAAGUUUCUUCAGGUAUUUUUCUUUAUACCUUUCAGCUCCUUACCUUAUACCUGAGCGUGCUCAGUUCCUUCCAUCUUUUGUUGAAUCAUUCGAAUACCCUGUCCAUCUUGUUUGUUAUACAUUUAAUAAGAUAAUAUAAUUUUAAGAAGAAAAGAAAGAAAGAAAGAUAUAUAGAAAGAAAGAAGCAGUAAAAAGGCAAUUUGAAACUCAAUAUGCAUAUUUAAUGCAGCAAUGCCUCGGAUCACCUGAACAAAGGUUAGCAACCUUUGGUGGUGCACAAAUCAGUUUGGGAGCCCCUGAUGUAGACAACACUGAACCGGAUGGACCAGUGGUCUUACUCAGUAUAAGUCAGCUUCCUACGUCUCUUUCCCUCGUGUACGCAUUUUUCUUUAUCUCUCUCUCUCCCCGCUGGAAGGACUCUCCCCCCUCUCUUCCAUACUCAUCCAGACAUGCACAAGGCGGGGCAGAGGGUCUUUACAGAGCAUUAAGACUUUGUCUCUCCCACUCCCCAUAUCCGUACCUUUAUGUCUGUGCGACAAAGGAAAUAACCCACACAAAGAGAGAGCCAUCUAAAUGCAAGCAAAUAUCUUAGCUGUAUCUUAGCCCUUCCUCCCAUCCUUCAGAUUUCUACUCUCCUCCAUAUCCUGAAUAUACACUAAGCAAUGCGCUCCAUCAGGAGGGCUCGGUAUAGGCCAGUCCUAAGGAUGCCGGCGUGGUCCUGUCCAUCUUCAUCUCCGAGCUUCUGAGACACUCGCUUCCGCUCCCCUGCGCUGGGAAAAGGGCAGCUACCGCCCCCCCCGCCCCCCGCCUCUAGCGGCAGACGGCGGAUGGGUCCCCGCGGACCUGGAUCGGCCCGUGUGUUCAGGGGACGUAAGAGCCAGCGCUCGCCAGCUCCUCAGGGGUGGCCUCUGCGUCAAGGGGAGCAGCCGGAGCCAAGGCGCUGGAGAGAGAGAGAGAGAGGACGCCAAAUGUAGAGAGAGCCUGGAGCAUCCUGGCACUUGCCUCUCUCUCUCCACCCCCCCUCGCCCUCCCGAGCAUCAUCUCAUCUCGGCCCCUUCACAGGUUCUCCUGCGCAUCGCCUUGGCGAGCCAGGCGAGGUCGAGGCGUGGGUAGGUUGGUCGGUGGGUGAGUGGAUGGGGGCUCCCGGGUUUUUGCGCAUGGCUCUCCGGCGGGGCUGACGGUCCGUUCAGCACCAGGGACAGCGGCAAAGCGCUCCAGCACCACGGAGAGCGCGCCGUUGCCCCAAGAGAGGAAGCGCCGGCUUGGACUUCAGCACCACGGACAGCGGCCGAAAGGUGGGGGGCGGCUUAGAAGGAACUUGGGCUGGGUUAGAGAUUGCGGUGCCCCCCCCCCCCCAAACAACUCAGAGAAGCCUCCGUUCUCUGCAGUCUCCCCACCUCCACUCCACACACACACCUCAUUCAGUCCUAGGAGCUGCCGGAACCGCCUGCACCACUUGGAUUGUAGCCCCCCCCAUAUUGGAGGGGGUGUGUGGAACGCGUAAGGACAGAGGCAAUGCCUUUAUUUUGAGGGAGAAGAUUCCUCGCCCACCCGCUUCAAUGGCUCUUCUGAUCUGCCUCUGCCUCCUUGGGAUCUUGAGAAGUAAGUGUAACCCCCUCCUUUCCCUAUAGCGUUUAGGGCUCCCUUUCCCCCAAGACUAGCAUCCUACUCUAAAUGAAAGCAGAGGCUUUGUUUAGAAUCGGACAGUGCGCCCUUUCCUCCUCACGGCUUCCUAGGGAGGGGAGCCGCUGCCGGUCGCGAGUACGAGCUUCUAUUUUUAUUGUGUCUCCAAAUGAUGCUCUUGAAAAAUACGUCAGUUACUCAGCUGGGCAGAGAUUUGACAGGCCGCCGAUGGCUUAGCGGGGAAGCCAGAUCGCCCCGUCCAGCUCCUGCCUAACCAGUACUUAGGGUGGGCAAGGCGACUUCCAUCUCAACAGGCCAACUCAUGCUGAAGUUUCCCUCUCCUCAAAAAGAAAAAAGGAAAGUGGGGAGGAAAUUGGAGGGGGGAAUCUGGGAAGGUCAUUUAUCUGCCCAUCCUCCACCCGAGGAACCGCGCUAGGCAAAGCGGAAGAGGCUGGGGAGUGGGGCAGCAGGAUGGGGGCUGAAAUUAGGUUCCCCUUAGGCACGACUGUUUACAGCUGGAGGAUAGCCCCAGGGAAACUCCAUGGGACUGGGUCUGUCUGACAGUCCAGCUAGCUCCAUCUGUCUUCCAGCAAGGGGCAGCUGCAGAAGCUGGAAAGUUCAUAACCCCAGGCACGAUGACGAUGAGAGAGAGAGAGAGAGAAGGAAACAAGGAGAGAGGGAGAGGGAGAAGGGGAGAACCCGCAAACACCGGAGGAUCUUCUGAGUGAUAUGAGGAUGGAGGCGAGGUUGAUAGGAGCACUAGAUGGUUAUCUGGGGGUUAAUGACUUUGGUGGCUGGUGCUCAUUGGGGCUGGUGGGGCGGAAGGCAGGGAGCCCGGCAGUAGGCGGAGCCAGAGCCAAUGACAGGCAGAGCUAACUGAAUGUAGUUUUGUCCCCAUCCUCCUCUUCCCUGCUGAGUUCUACAAGGGGCAUCACUGAGACUAAGGAUGCUGACAGGCAGGGCCAACCCUGGCCUGGUUAUGAGUAAAAAGGCAGGCAGGUGGGGGCACACUAAGCUUGGUGGGGCAGUGCCCCAACUGACUAGCCUCCACUGGGUAUUGGGUUCUUGCAAGACUUCUAUGAGAUGACAGUUGUACAGCAGUUGCAGACAGUGUUGAGUAGGGGAUGGGAGCUUGCUGUUCUCCUGACAUCACUGGACUCCAGCUCCCAUCAUCCCUGGCCAGCCUGGCUGAUAGUCGGGGUGAUGGGAAUCAUUGUCCAACCAUGCCUUGAUGGGCACAGGCUCCCCACUCCUGUUGCAGAAGGGGUCAUUUACUAAGUAUCUGAAUGGUGCAGUUGCACAGCUGGGCUUUACAGGCCUAGAAUAAUUUGGCUGUUACUGUGAUGGGUUUCUUUUAAUACAUAAUGUUUACUUGUGUGUUUUUUAAUUGCAAGGUGUUUUGGGGUGAAUUGCAGGGGGAGUGAGAUAUCCAUUAAAAACAAAAACAAAAGCCACCCCACAAUAUUUAAAAUGAGGAAUCAUCCAGAGAGGAUAGACUCCCUCAAGGCAGCAGGUUUAACAUCUGUAUUCUGCAGCUUCCAGUAGAUUAAUUAGAUGCCUUGUAUUUAGAUUCUUGCUGUUUUGUGUUGACCUGUAGAUUCCCUCCCCUUAUGGAUGCCUCACACACAACAUUUUCCAGCUAAUGACAUGCCCAAAGUCCUGUUCUCCAUGAACAUGAUACAUCUUCUAUUGUGGAGUAGAGCAACUUUAACACUGGAUUCAACAGAGAAGAACCUUGUGUGUCCAUCAAACUGUCUUAAACAAAGCCACAGAGCAGAAUUCUAUAGGUUAUUUAUUAGAUCAGGAAUGGGGAAUGUCUGGUUCUCCAUACAUUUUUGGAUUCCAACUAGCUAGCAUGGCCAAUGGUCAGGAAUGAUGAUGAGCUGGAGUCCAGCAACAUCAGGAGGGCCAGAAGCUACCAACCUAUUUCCUAGACACAUGUCCCAACCUGUCAGGGAUCACAUAUUAAAUGCACAUGCGGCCAUCCAGAUGUUGUCGGACUCCAACUCCCAUCAGCGCCAGGCAGCUUGGCUAACGGUCAGGAAUGAUGGGAGUUGAUGACCAGAAAUACCUGGAGGGCCACAAGUUCCCCCUACCUGCUCUAAAAGGAAAUCCAGUCAUUUCUCUAACAGGAAAUGCCUACCUAGCCCAUUUUAAGGGAUAAUGCUUUGAGGGAGGAGUGGUGGAAGUAGAGAGAGAAAAGGAGAGAGAGAGAAACAUUUCACACUACAUUCUCUUCAACAUCACAUCACUCCUGAUCUUAUAAACUUCUGUCACAUUCCUGAGGAGGAUCAGAUGAUGCUCACGCAAGCAGAACUUUAUAAACAUUGUGUAGGUAAUUUCGAAUUUGCAAUGCCUAUUCUGGCAGGCAAAUCCAUUCUGUCUGUGCAUUGUAGAAGGGCAACUUAACAUCCUUUCCUCUCUCAUGCAUGCCAAGAGGAAUCACAGUUAAUCAUGUAGUUGGGUGUAUGUGUGUGUGCUGUAUGUAUAGUUAACUCUCAGAGGGAAUUCCAGCCCUGUCGCGCAGGAGAGCUGCGCAGAGCAGCAGCAGCGAGGAAGACGGAUGAACCACAGUUACUUGUGAGUUAUUGCUAGCCUCCAGCAUCCAGACUCCAAAGGACUCCAGGGUCCUUGGUGGCUAAGCAGCUGAGUCCAUUGUCAGCUCAUCCACAGGUACCAUUCCCCACCUCUCUGCUUCAGCACUGCCCCUCCCACCUGUCAAUUAGGGGAAAUAACAUUUUCCCUAGUCUGCCCUGCAAGACUGUGAUAAGGAUUGCUUUAGGUAUGCAACAGACUUUGCCCAUGUGAAAUAUGCUAUACAUGUACGAAGCAACAGCAAGUGUCAUCAUUGCAAUGUUUACCCAAUCAGUCCAGUGUUGGGUAGCCUUUGUCCUUCCAGAUGUUGCUGAACUCCCCAUCAGUGCCAUCCUGCCUGGCCAGUGGUCAGGGAUGAUGGAAACCAGAGUCCAGUGGCAUCUAGAAGACCACAGUUUCCCCAUUCCUGAAUAGAUCAAGGUUAUUUGUUUCUAUGUAACUACUUUUUAAAACGUGGCUGAUUUUACCAAUGACCAGUAGGUGAGUCUCCAUAGACACACUUCUCUGCCCUCCAUUCAGCAAGGAAGAAGCAUUAUCAGAGGUCAAGGACACAUUAUUUGUUGUUGUUGUUGUUUAGUCGUUUAGUCGUGUCUGACUCUUCGUGACCCCAUGGACCAGAGCACGCCAGGCACUCCUGUCUUCCACUGCCUCCUGCAGUUUGGUCAAACUCAUGCUGGUAGCUUUGAGAACACUAUCCAACCAUCUCGUCCUCUGUUGUCCCCUUCUCCUUGUGCCCUCCAUCUUUCCCAACAUCAGGGUCUUUUCCAGGGAGUCUUCUCUUCUCAUGAGGUGGGCAAAGCAUUGGAGCCUCAGCUUCACGAUCUGUCCUUCCAGUGAGCACUCAGGGCUGAUUUCCUUCAGAAUGGAUAGGUUUGAUCUUCUUGCAGUCCAUGGGACUCUCAAGAGUCUCUUCCAGCACCAUAAUUCAAAAGCAUCAAUUCUUCGGCGAUCAGCCUUCUUUAUGGUCCAGCUUUCCAUACAUCACUACUGGGAAAACCAUAGCCCAUUAUAGCCAGGGGGAAAACCCCAAGCCAAGCAGGGUGAGUGAGGGGUGUGGCAUGGGAGGGUGUGCAGGUUGAGGAGGGUCUCAGAGAAGCCCCGAGGGAUGCGUAUGGCCCCUGGGCCCAUAGUUCCCAACCUCUGCUUUAGAGGAGACUCGCUCCUGAAGAGAAGAGGUCUUUACAACUCUUCUUUCUCUCUUUUGCAGAGAUGGGGAAGUUGGGGCCAUCUGGACUCCACCUCCCAUCAGGCCCAGUUAGUCUGGGAUGAUGGACGCUGUAAUCAGCAACAUCUGGAGGCCUACAGUUUCCUCAUUUCCUAUGUUAAAGAGAGAGAAAUAUUGUAUUCAAAUGUAGAGCAACGAAAGGAAGACAGAGUAGAGAAGGGCGCUGAGUGACAGGCAGGUCUUCUGUGAGCCUCGAGGGGUCUGGGCUGUCAUUGCAUGACCUUCCAAGCCCCACUGCUGAAAUCCCAUAAACAUCAUUCUAUAUUUACAUUAUCGUCCCUUUCCAUAUGAUUCUUCGGAUCUCUUUCUGCCUCCGUUCUUUCCCCCACCCACCAAACCCCAGUCCCUAUGCAGCAACAACGCAUGACUUCAUGGGCAAGCUUGCACCAUUCAUUAUGCAUCGGGUGUGAUGUGUUAUGAAAGGAAGCAACAUAUGAAUCAUGGACCACUCACCCAGUGGUUUCCCCCACAGCUCCCAUCUUCCAGGUACAAAACACAGCGAUCUCAUUUCUCUAUUCUUGCUGCCAAUGUUCUAUGAGUGCCAUCGCUCAGUGGUACAGCAUCUACCUGUUGCAGAAGGUCCCGGGUUCAAACCCUGGCAUCUCCAGGUAGGGUGGAAGAAGGCCCCCUGCCUGAAAUCCGGGAGAGCUGCUGCCAGUCAGUGUAAACAGUACUGAGCUAAGGUGAAUCCAAUGGUCUGAGUUGGUAUAAGGCAGCUUCCUCUGUCUCUAUGUUUUAGGCAAGGGCCGUAGCUGAGUAAAGAGUCACAUCCAUUGCUCUUCCCAAUUUUCUCUUCGGCUCUAGCCCCAAAGGCAGCCCGUAGGGAAUUGCAGUCCUUGAAUGAUAAUAAUAAUAAUAAUAAUAAUAAUAAUAAUAAUAAUAAAAUUAUUUAUACCCCGCCCAUCUGGUUGGGCUUCCCCAGCCACUCUGGGCAGCUUCCAAAAAAAUAUUAAAAUACUGUAAUACAUCAAAGAUUAAAAGCUUCCCUAAACAGGGCUGCCUUCAGAUGUCUUCUAAAAGUCUGGUAGUUGUUGUUCUCUUUGACAUCUGGUGGGAGGGCGUUCCACAGGGCAGGUGCCACUACCGAGAAGGCCCUCUGCCUGGUUCCCUGUAACUUGGCUUCUCGCAGUGAGGGAACCGCCAGAAGGCCCUCGGCGCUGGACCUCAGUGUCCGGGUAGAACAGUGGGGGUGGAGACGCUCCUUCAGAUAUACUGGACCGAGGCCGAAUUGACGAACAUUUCCUUCUCUCUCCGUUUAAACCAGGGUUGGGCAACAUUCAACCCUCCAUAUAUUAUUGGACACCAGCUCUCAUUAUCCCUGACUAUUGGCCAUGCUAGGGAUGAUGAGAGUAGACCACCCAGUUGGUUUAAACUAACCAGUGUUUCCCUAAGUUCUGGCAUAACAAGGAACUCUGGCUAGUUUAAAAGCAGAGGUGGAACCUUCUCCACCCCAGAGGCACCGCAAGAGGGAGGAAGACAGGAGCCUCUAGUUCAUGCCAGCUCACGCCAGAAGCAUUUAGCAUUGCAUUGGAAAGUGCCCAAAAGGUUCAGGUGUAAAAAACAAAAACAAGCCUUGUUUUGGGUGUGAUGCUUGAAUCCAGCCCAAACUGUCGAGCAGUCUGCCAAGAAUAGAAGAAGCAGAGGCAGAUUCCACCUUGCCAAGGCAAGCUAGCAUGGUUUGCCAGAGUGACUGGUCAUGCCCACUUGCUGCCAUCUGACACAAGGAACAAAAAUGGGAGGGGGAGAGAGAGAGAUUAUAAGAUACAACUGAUAGGCUACGAUCAGCUUGGCAGGGUGUCACAAUUGUUUGGUCUUUGUGUUACAGUGGUACCUUGGUUCUCAAACUUAAUCCGUUCCGGAAGUCCGUUCCAAAACCAAAGCGUUCCAAAACCAAGGUGCGCUUUCCCAUAGAAAGUAAUGCAAAAUGGAUUAAUCCGUUCGAGACUUUUAAAAACAACCCCUAAAACAGCAAUUUAACAUGAAUUUUACUAUCUAACGAGACCAUGGAUCCAUAAAAUGGAAGCAAUAAUCAAUGUACUGUACUAUAAAAUAAAUAAGACAGUAUUGUAGAUGGUAAAAAUUAAAAUCAUUAUUUUUUCUUACCUGCACCAAUGAUAGUCAUUGUUUGGAUGGGGGGCUUUUAUCCAUUUCCGCAGUCACACAGAUCAGUCAAUCAGUAGCUGAACUGGGUUCCACACAGCCACAAAAACAAAUUAACUGAAAAAGCCACAAAAACAAAAACACAAAAUAAAUAGCAAAAACCAAAGUGCCAGACUUAUACCAUUCCAGAAGUCCGUUUGACUUCCGAAAUGUUUGAAAACCAAGACGCAGCUUCUGAUUGGUGCAGGCGCCCCAGAAACAAUAGCUGACAACCACAUUGGAUGUUCGGCUUCCGGAAAACAUUCAAAAACUGGAACAUUUACUUCCAGGUUUUCAGCGUUUGAGAACCAAGGCAUUUGAGAACCAAGGUACCGCUGUACAGCUGUGAUGGGGAACCUCUGGCCCGCCUGAUAUCUUGGGACCCAUCAGCCCCAGCCAGCUUGCCUAGUGGUCAGGGAUGAUAAACGUAGUUGUAAAUGAUGGUUAGCUCAAAAGCUGGAAUAAUAAAGUAUGGUUUGAUCCUGGUUUAAGAGUUUUUAAAAUUUAAUUUUAAACUGUUGGGAGCUGUCCUGGAACCUGAUGGUGAAAAGUAGGCAAUAAGUUUAAAUCAUCAUCAUAGAAUUGUAGAGAGCCAGUGUGGUGUAGUGGUUAAGAGCGGUAGUCUCGUAAUCUGGGGAACCGGGUUCGCGUCUCCGCUCCUCCACACGCAGCUGCUGGGUGACCUUGGGCCAGUCACACUUCUCUGAAGUCUCUCAGCCCCACUCACCUCACAGAGUGUUUGUUGUGGGGGAGGAAGGGAAAGGAGAAUGUUAGCCGCUUUGAGACUCCUUAGGGUAGUGAAAGGCAGGAUAUCAAAUCCAAACUCUUCUUCUUCUAGAGUUGGAAGGGACCCUGAGAAUCAUAAUUAGUCCAAACCCCUGCAAUGCUGGAAUAUGCAGCUGUCCGACUUGGGGAUCAAACCUACAAACUUGAUAUUAUCAGCACCAUGCUCUAACCAACUGAUCUAUCAAUAAUAAUAAUAAUAAUAAUAAUAAUAAUAAUAAUAAUAAUACUACAUUUGGAGGGCUGCAGGUUCCCCAUCCCAACAGAAUUGGUGUUAAAGGACAAUUAAAUCGAAUUUAUCAAAGUAAAAUCAUAGAACUGGGACCUCAUGGGUCAUCUAGUCCAACCCCCCUUCAAGGCAGGAUUCACAGCUAAAUAAUCUCUGACAGAUGGCCAUCCAACCUCUGUUAAAAAACUUCCAGUGAUGUAGUUUGUUUCCUCUGUCAAAUGGCUCUCACCAUCAGAAAGGGAAACACGAUACUCUGGGCUCAAGGGCACCCUUCCUCCAAGAAUAUCGCCAUCCUCAUCCUCAUCCUGCCCCCAAGUGAUGCUGCCUGCCUGAGCCAUGCUGGCGCAAGGACAAAGUUGGCACAGAGAUCUGCGGCCAACUAAACAUGCGCGCUCGCUCUCUCUCCCGCCCGCCCCCCCCCCCACCGUAAAAUAUAUUUUCUGUACAGUAGUACAUUAUCCCCUCGCUCUCUCCCUCCUUCGAUCGAUCCUCCCAACGACCUCUUUACUCAAGUCAGGCUUCUUGUUUUCCAGCGCCUGUCAGCCACUUCCCAAAAUUGCAAUUAAGCUGUCAAGGGAGCGAGCAGAAGCGUUUGCAAUUCACAGCCUCGGCAGGAAAGGAAGGGAGGUGGGCAGGUCCGGAUCGCAGUGCGCUGGGACAGAAAGCUAAGGCCGAGGGUAGAGCUACCCUUUUUUUCCCCGGACCUCCCCAGCCUCCCCACCCCAUGCAUUUCACAGCAACCUGACAGACAAAAAUCCAGCUUUGGCGAAGAAGAAGAAGAAGAAGAAGAAGAAGAAGAAGAAGAAGAAGAAGAAGAAGAAGAAGAAGAAGAAGAAGAAGAAGAAGAAGAAGAAGAAGAAGAAGAAGAAGAAGAAGAAGAAGAAGAAGAAGAAGAAGAAGAAAAUAAUAAUAAUAAUAAUAAUAAUAAUUUAUUAUUUGUACCCUGACCAUCUGGCUGGGUUUCCCCAGCCACUCUGGGCGGCUUCCAACAAAGAUUAAAAAUACAUUAAAAUGUCACACAUUAAGAACUUCCCUGAACAGGGCUGCCUUCAGAUGUCUUCUAAAUGUUAGGUAGUUGUUUGACAUCUGGUGGGAGGGUGUUCCACAGGGCAGUUGCCACUACCAAGAAGGCCCUCUGCCUGGUUCCCUGCAGUUUUGCUUCUCGCAAUGAGGGAACUGCCAGAAGGCCCUUGGAGCUGGACCACAGGCCAGGGCUUGGGAACAGGAAGCCCUCCUCACAGCCCCCAAAAUAUAAAACAGAAGCCAAAAUAUAAAACAGCAGCAGUCAUUAAUAAUAAUAAUAAUAAUAAUAAUAAUAAUAAUAUAUUAUAAUAAUAUAUAAUAAUAAUUUAUUAUUUCUACCCCGCCCAUCUGGCUGGGUUUCCCCAGCCACUCUGGGCGGCUUCCAACAGAACACUAAAAUACAAUAACCUAUUAAACUUUAAAAGCUUCCCUAAACCGGGCUGCCUUCAGAUGUCUUCUAAAAGUCUGGUAGUUGUUCUUUUCUUUGACAUCUGAUGGGAGGGCGUUCCACAGGGCGGGCGCCACCACCGAGAAGGCCCUCUGCCUGGUUCCCUGUAGCUUUGCUUCUCACAGCGAGGGAACCGCCAGAAGGCCCUCAGCGUUGGACCUCAGGUCCGGGCAGAAUGAUGGGGGUGGAGACGCUCCUUCAAGUAUACUGAGCCAAGAAGAAGAAGAAGAAGAAGAAGAAGAAGAAGAAGAAGAAGAAGAAGAAGAAGAAGAAGAAGAAGAAGAUGCUAAAGGGAGUGGGCAAAAUUGUGCCUGUUGAAUGUCUGGUUCUUAAACUUUCCCCUUCCCUUGAUGCCCCUUUCAACACACCUGCUUUAUGCAUUUUAAAAAAUGGUUCUGUUGUUCUUUUAAUCUGAACUUCCCCUCAAGCUAACAGAUGCCAGGCAGGGGGAAAAGGAAAUGAAAGCAUGUCUCAGCAAUCCAGCAGGGGAUCGUUGGCCCAGGGGAAGGGUAGAGCAUAUGCUUUGCAUGCAGAAGGCACCGAGCAUUCACACGUAGAACUGGGAGAGAGCCCCACUCCUCUGUCUGAAUCCUUGGAGAACUGUUGCCAGUGAAUGUAGACCAGUUUCCCAAACCCUGUUUUUUUUGGACUACAGUUCCCAUCAUCCCUGAUCACUGGUCCUGCUAGCUAGGGAUGAUAGGAGUUGUAGUCCAAAAACAGCUAGAGACCCAAGUUUGGGAAACCCUGAUGUAGACAGACCAAUGGUCUGAUUUGGUAGGAGGCAACUUGCUAUUUAAAUCAGCACCAUGAGGAAUAAUAAAAUCUUACUAUUAUAUUUAAGGGAAGGAUCAUAGCUCAAUGGUUGAGCAGCUGUUUCGCAUGCAGAAGGACCCAGGUUCAAAUCCAGAUCCCCUGUCUGAAAUCCUGUACAGCCACUGCCAGUCAGUGUAGACAAUCUAAGUCAGAUGGCCUGACAUGGUACAAAGCAGUUUCCUAUGUUCCAGUGCAUGAAAAUGGAGACAAACAAAGAACCAUUGUGGUGUAGCAGUUAGAUGGUUGGGAUUCAGUGAUCGGGAUGCAGACUUGGGUUCAAAUCCCUGCUCAGCCAAAGAGCAUACCUUUAAUAGCUUUCUUUCAGACACCAGACAAGGCCUGUCUCGUUUGGCAAAGAUGUUAACAGUAGUUAAGAACCAUCAGGGUCCCCCCCAACCCCCGCUCAGUGUUACUUAUUUAGAGCAGUUAAAGGUAAAGGGACCCCUGACUGUUAGGUCCAGUUGUGGCCAACUCUGGGGUUGCGGUGCUCAUCUCGCUUUACUGGCCGAGGGAGCCGGCAUACAGCUUCCGGGUCAUGUGGCCAGCAUGACUAAGCUGCUUCUGGCGAACCAGAGCAGCCCACGGAAAUGCCGUUUACCUUCCUGCUGGAGUGGUACCUAUUUAUCUACUUGCACUUUGACGUGCUUUUGAACUGCUAGGUUGGCAGGAGCAGGGACCAAGCAACGGGAGCUCACCCCGUCGCGGGGAUUCGAACUGCCGACCUUCUGAUCGGCAAGCCCUAGGCUCGGUGGUUUAAACCACAGUGCCACCCGCGUCCCAGUUGGACUCCCUUAGAGCGGUUGGACUCCCUUUUUUAAGCCAAAGGGCUUGCAGAGCAGUUAGUGGACUACAAAUUAAAACAAGGCCUUCCCUGCCCGCAGGCCUAAAAGUGACGGCACAAAAGGAAAAGGCAACAAGCAGGGAAGAGGAAAGAAGUAAACUCAGGCACCAUUUCUUGAAGUGAAACAGGAACUCUUAUCAGGAGGAGCUGGAAUGGAAGCAGCUCAGAGCUGGCCUUUCAGCUGAUGGCCUUUCUCAUCUCUCCCACUGACGUAGCCUGCUGGAAUGACUGCUACCUGGUGGCAGUAGAGGGAGAGGAGGCCUGACGCAGCUGGCCUUUCAAAUUCUAUUUAUACUGCCGUUUUAAUGUAUUUCUGAUGGCUUCCUUUUAGCUGCGCUCAUCCUUACGGCGUGUGGUUGUUUUUAAGUGGUCUUUGUGCGCGAGGCUAAAAGGGCUUUCAGAGUUAAAAGGCACACACACACCACUCACCAAAACCACAACCAACACCAAGUGUGGGGAUAUAGGCGCACAUACAGGAACAACAAGAAUAUUGCCGUGUUGAAGAAGGAGGUGCAGAGGAGAAUUAGAUUUUUGAAAUAGGCCUCUUUUGUGACAGCUGGGAAGAAAAUUUGGCUGGUGGCCCUUGCUAUGUACCACCACACCAGGUCCAGCUUGACCUGUUGGCUUUCAGCCUGUUGUCCAGCAGCUAAAGGCAAAAGGAGGCCAGGAAGAAACAAACAAAAAGAGUUGAUAAUCAUAGGUGGGACGUGAUAAUGCUGCAGCCACGAUGAAGGCUGGUCGAUUCAGGCUUUACCUCAAGAACUUCUGCCUGCCUUCAGUCAACUCCCCACCUGGCUUACUCCCAGUUCAUGGGGUGACACUGUCUGUCACCUUCCUCCUCCCUAGUCUUAGGAGGAGGGUGAAGGGGACAAAAUUCAAGCCAGCUGGCUCCACUGACCAUUGGCCCUGGUAAGGUAAAGGGACCCCUGACCAUUAGGUCCAGUUGUGGCCGAUUCUGGGGUUGCGGCGCUCAUCUCGCUUUAUUGGCUGAGGGAGCCGGCGUACAGCUUCUGGGUCAUGUGGCCAGCAUGACUAAGCCGCUUCUGGCGAACCAGAGCAGCGCACGGAAACGCCGUUUACCUUCCCGCCGGAGCGGUACCUAUUUAUCUACUUGCACUUUGACGUGCUUUCGAACUGCUAGGUUGGCAGGAGCAGGGCCAGAGAAACGGGAGCUCACCCCGUAACGGGGAUUCGAACCGCCGACCUUCCGAUCAGCAAGUCCUAGGCUCUGUGGCUCUGGUGCCAUGCGUGGAUUCGGAGACAGGAAGAGCAAGACACACACAGCCUCCAUGUCUACUCAGCUGCAGCCUUGGCUCUGCUCAAGGGCUGCUGGAUCAGAGCAGGCCGUAAUUCUGAGCAAGCUAAGAGCUGGUGACAUUUUAACAGCCUGCCAAAAUGGGCUCAUGAAUGCCUGGGGAUUAGCUAUCCAUCAGGAAGCUGGCUUGGAAACGAGCCUGCUUGAGAGGCUGUUGCUUGUGGUCAGGGGAGCUCCUUGUGGAGAGGAGAGAGAGAGAGAAAGAGAGAUUCAGGACGGAGCCCUGAAUCCCUCCCCAAAAUAGUCCUUUUUCGUACAAAUGUUCAUUGGCUUAGGGCCGUUUCUGUCACAAGAUGGGACCGAAAGGUGUCUUGAGGAAAAGGAAGCUAGUGUUCCCCGGACUUGAGUCUCUAGCUGCUUUUGGACUACAACUCCCAUCAUCCCUAGCCACUGGUCCUGCUAGCUAGGGAUGAUGGGAGUUGUAGUCCAACAACAGCUGGAGGCCCAAGUUUUGGAAACACUGAACUAAAAGAGAUGGAACUAGAAGAGUAAGUCCCUACCAGAGAAGGAUGGCAGAUCAAGUUGAUGGAUUGUGUGGAAAUGGCUAAAAUAACCUGAAGAAUAAGAAAUCAGGAAGACCAAAAUUUUAAUAAGGAAUGGGGGAAAUUUAUAACCUAUCUUUUACAUUGUUUUAAAUCUUUGUUUUCCUUCUUGGAUUGUACCCCCAAGUGUGUUUUAUAAGCUGGUCUCCAACCGUAAUUAAUAAACUAUCUAUCUAACCUAUCUUAAAAAACCAUUAUAAACAGUUAAAAUUGUUACUAGGAUUGGAAUAUCACUUGUAGUUUAAGGGUGAAUUUUGGACACAGUGGAGAUGUAAAAGAUGUGGAUUGUCAUAAAAGAUGCAGGAGGAAACGAUUAACAACAGGACCCACAAAGGGGAGGAGGGAAGUCCGGGAGAUUCCUUGGAAUCUUAUUUCCAUGUUGUACGUUCGAUAUGUGAAUGUAAAGCUUUAAUCUUAAAAACAAUUUUUUUUAAAAAAGAGGAGACACUGAACGAGAGGGAGGCUCACUGAUAUUUAAUACAGUCACGGUAGCUCAACAAAACCUGCGUAUUAAUAGGCAGUCAGUGCCUGAAUACCAAUCACUGAACAUCCUGAUUUAGGAAGCUGUAUGGCUCACUGGUGAAAAGGGAUAAGUAGGUGAAAUAUACUCGGAGUCAAUAGUGGAUUUCAUGCUCUUUAUUCAGCUCAUAGUGGUGAGGAGGAAUGGAAGUUCCCCCAGAAUGUCUGCUUUAUAUACAUUAUUUACACAAUGGGCCCCACGUGAUUGGCUAAUUCUGGAAUUCUCCUGUAGGCCAAUCAGGUUGCAGAUUCACUUCCACUUGGAGCUGGAUUGGGUGGCUCCUGUGGACCAAUCAGACUGCUGCAUUCUGGAUCCUAUUCAACUCAGUACCUAACAGUAGGGAUGUCUGCCUUGUUGUGCAUAUGUUCUGUGUUCGUUCUGAACGCUGUUUGCUUUACUCUGCCUGCUUCCUUCUCCACCUCCACGCAGGGACCCUGGGCACAGACACGGAAGAGCGGUUGGUAGAACAUCUCCUGGAUCCGUCACGGUACAACAAGCUGAUCCGCCCGGCCACCAAUGGAUCCGAGUUGGUUACUGUGCAGCUGAUGGUAUCAUUGGCCCAGCUCAUCAGCGUGGUACGUACCAAAGAUGGGGAACUGGGAACUGCCAAACGGGUCAAAAUGCUGUUCAAAGCAGAGGUCUUCUGUAAGUCUGGAGAAAGCUUCCUUCUUGGAGCUGCCCUUUUAGAAUCAUAGAACUGCUGAGUUCAAAGGGAACCCCAACAGUCAUCUAGUCCAACCCUCUGCAAGGUGGGCAUCACAGCGAAGGAAUCCCUGACAGAUGGCCACCCAAUCUCUGCUUUGCCUUGCUGAGUUAUAUUCCUGUGUAGGAAUCAUUUUGGAGAAAAUCUGGCCCUUUUUUAGGUCAUCCUCCUUGGUAUCAUUGGACGCGGGUGGCACUGUGGGUUAAACCACAGAGCCUAGGGCUUGCUGAUCAGAAGGUCGGCGGUUCGAAUCCCCACGACGGGGUGAGCUCCCAUUGCUCGGUCCCAGCUCCUGCCAACCUAGCAGUUCGAAAGCAAGUCAAAGUGCAAGUAGAUAAAUAGGUACCGCUCCAGCGGGAAGGUAAACAGCGUUUCCAUGUGCUGCUCUGGUUUGCCAGAAGCGGCUUAGUCAUGCUGGCCACAUGACCCGGAAACUGUACGCCGGCUCCCUCAGCCAAUAAAGCGAGAUGAGCGCCGCAACCCCAGAGUCGGUCAUGACUGGACCUAAUGGUCAGGGGUCCCUUUAGCUUUACCUUACCUUGGUAUCAUUAUAUGUGUCUUUCCCAGCCAGUCUGUUUCUUAAUGUUUCUAGUCUUUCUAAAAUUUUAGCUUGGACUGAGGAUGGGAAUGACCAGAAUUGACUUAGAGUGUUUUCUUCUAUAGAGAAAUUGUCCUUUUGCUCGCUCACAGGGCAUUGCAAAUCGUGUAAGGGUGUGCUUUUCCUUUUUAAUUUUGGGGUCUCUUGUUUAUGACCUUUUGGAGUUGGUUCUCCUUUUUGGAUUUUUCCUGGUCCUCUUCUACCAUUGGCUAACCACACUUGGCAUCAAAGGGUCAAUGGUACAAUAUUUUCAAAGAAUCUUAGUAUUGCUAUCCUUUCCUUUAAGAAGAGAUGUCUUGAUCUAUGGAUAAAUUUGGCCAAAUUUUGAUCUUGAAAGGUGAUCAUUGCUCGUACCAACUAACCAUCAUAAUGUAAGUACUCUCUAUAACAUGGUGUCAUCCCGCCCAAAGCUUGUGGUACUACAACUCCCACCACCUCUGACCAUUGGCCAAGCUGGCUGCUGGUGGCUUGAGCUUGUGUUCAAAGAAGAUUGGACAGGAGCUAUCCGUAGCUACUGCCCACAAUGCCUCCACGACUGAAGGCAGCAAUGCUACUGAGAACCAGUCACUGGAAGCUGCAGGAGCGGGGUUGGCCCUUGUGCUCAGGAGCUGCUUGCAUCUGGUCGGCCACUGUGAGAAGAGGAUGCUGGACUAGCCUUUGGCUUGACCCAGUGGGCUCUUCUCGUGUUCUUCACUUCAAUUCAAAGUGUUGGUGCUGACCUUUAAAGCCCUAAACGGCCUCGGUCCAGAAUAUCUGAAGGAGCGUCUCCACCCCCAUCAUUCUGCCCGGACACUGAGGUCCAGCACCGAGGGCCUUCUGGCGGUUCCCUCACUGCAAAAAGCCAACUUACGGGGAACCAGGCAGAGGGCCUUCUCUGUAGUGGCACCCGCCCUGUGGAACGCCCUCCCACCAGAUGUCAAAGAGAACAACAACUACUACCAGACUUUUAGAAGACAUCUGAAGGCAGCCCUGUUUAGGGAAGCUUUUAAUGUUUGAUGCAUUACAGUAUUUUAAUACAGUGGUACCCCAGGUACUCUUCAGGUUAUAUACGCUUCAGGUUACAGACUCCACUAACCCAGAAAUAGUACCUUGGGUUAAGAACUUUGCUUCAGGAUGAGAACAGAGAUCGCGCAGUGGUGGCGCGGCGGCAGCAGGAGGCCCUAUUAGCUAAAGUGGUGCUUCAGGUUAAGAACAGUUUCAGGUUAAGAACGGACCUCCGGAACGAAUUAAGUUCUUAACCUGAGAUACCACUGUAUUUUGUUGGAAGCCACCCAGAGUGGCUGGGGAAGCCCAGCCAGAUGGGCAGGGUAUAAAUAUAUUAUUAUUAUUAUUAUUAUUAUUAUUAUUAUUAUUAUUCUGAUGCCUUUUCUUUUGCUUCUGUUGACAGCACGAGCGGGAGCAGAUCAUGACCACCAACGUGUGGCUGACCCAGGUAAGUUGCCUGCCACCACCCCUCUCUUUAUUUAUUUACUCAUAAAUAGAACCAAUGUGCCCCUUUUCAGUAAUAGUGGUUUGCUUAAUCACUUACCUUCUGCUGCAGUUGGAAGCAGGAAGGGGAAAAUGAGCACUAUGUUGGACACUAUCUAGACCAGAGGCUCCAGCUGUUGCAAAAUGCUGCAGGGAGACUGUUGACGGAGACAACCACCAGUGCAUCAUCCAUCAAUCAUCAGUGCUCGAAAGCUUACACUGGCUGCCCAUACACUACCAGGCCUGAUUCAAAGGUCUUGCAUCAAUUUACAAGCCCCAUAACAACCAGGGUUCAAGAUAUCUCAAGGACCACUCUGAUUUCUCAUAUCACUGCCCAGUCACUGCGGUAUUUGGGGGAGUCACUGUUAGAGGUCCCCCAUAACUCAGGCGCACAGCCCCAAGGAAUCCUGGGAAUAGUAGCUUGUUAAAGGUGUCGAGAAUUCUUACCAGCUCCAUCUGGUACACUGGUUGAGACCCUACCUGCCUGCAGACUGUCUCGCCAGAGUGGUACACGCUGUGCUUUUUUUUCUUAAAAAAUGUUUAGGGGUACUCUCAUUUUCCUACUCAUACUGAAAUACUGCCCCUCAAUGAGGCCAAACUUAGAUUCACAAAAUGUUUAGGGGUAUGCGUCCCCCCAGAAAAAAGCACUGGGUACAUGAUCUGGUUAUCUGCCGCUUGGACUUCUGCAAUGCACUCUACGUGGGGCUGCCUUUGAAGGUGACUUGGAAAGUACAACUAAUCCAGAAUGCGGCUGCCAGACUGGUGACCUUCUGAUCAGCAAGUCCUAGGUUCUGUGGUUUAACCCACAGCGCCACCCGCAUCCCUGAAUAAACGCCACCCGCGUUUAUGUUGAAUAAACGCCUGUAAAUAAUGCUUACACAUGUCUUUGGUGCUGUGACUCGGACUUCUCACGACGGAAGUGGCGGACAGAGACAUGUGUAAGCAUUAUUUACAGACGUUUAUUCAGCAUAGUUCAGGAACAAAGGAAAAACAUGUCUGCUUCCCUUCGUGUCCGACAAAAGAGCAAAGCAAUAGCAAUAUACAAACGGACGUUCCCAGCAAGCCUGUGCUGGAAGUAAACAGGCACGUGACACACAACAGUCAUGCCUGUUUCUUUUAAGGUGGAACAGAACUAUAUCCUAAUAGAACCUUGCAUCUUUUUAAUACUAAAAACCCCCAAAAUAAGCCACUCUCACCCACCUGGAGAUUCAGGACCUCCACCUGCCACCUGGAAGGAGUGAGGCAAAACUGGAGACUUCAGGUCAGGCUUGGGGAUUUGGCCAUCCCGGUUGUGUCAAGCCCCACCCCCACCCCAUCUCUCUUUCUCUCUCCAUUGCAGGAAUGGGAGGAUUAUCGCCUUACAUGGAACCCAGAGGAGUUUGAUGACAUGAAGAAGGUGCGGCUGCCAUCCAAACACAUCUGGCUUCCGGAUGUUGUGCUCUACAACAAGUAGGUGCACCUCAGCAUUCUUUGCCCUGGGUCUAAUGCUUGCGGAUCUCGGACGACAAUAGUGAACCUGCAGUUCAUGGGCCGUAUUAGGACUGCAGAACCAUCUGGAGGGGCCACCCCGGCCCCAUCUUCCUCCUUGUCACAAUGCCGCGGUAUCAGAAGAGCUUUCAAAGCCAGGCGUAGGGGACCUUUGGCCUUCCAAACGUUGCUGGACUACAACUCCCAUGAGCCCCAGCAAGCAUGGCUAAUGGGCAGCGAUGAUGGGAGGUGUCGUUCAGCAACAUCUGGAGGGCCAAAGGUCCCCUACACUUGCUUUCUUGGGGGGGGGAUUUGAUAUCCUGCCUUUCACUCCCCUUCAGGAGUCUCAAAGCGGCUAACAUUGUCCUUUCCCUUCUUCCCCCACAACAAACACUCUGUGAGGUGAGUGGGGCUGAGAGACUUCAGAGAAGUGUGACUGGCCCAAGGUCACCCAGCAGCUGCAUGUGGAGGAGCGGGGAAGCGAACCCGGUUCCCCAGAUUACGAGUCCACUGCUCUUAACCACUACACUACACUUGCCUGCUGCUAGAUAGGGAUUGAGGUGGUUUAAAAGCAGGUUAGAAAGUGGAACAUGCUUGUGUGUGUGUGUGUGUGUGUGUGAGAGAGAGAGAGAGACCGUGUAUGUUUGACUGAGAGUGAGUGUGUAUGUGUGAGAGACAGAGUAACUGUACGUUUAUUGGAUCUGAAAUGAUAAUAAUAAUAAUAAUAAUAAUAAUAAUAAUUUUUAUUUUAUACCCCGCCCUCCCCGGCCAGAGGUGGGCUCAGGGCGGCUAACACCAAUAAAAUAAAAUCACAGUAAAAACAUAAUAGGGGGGAAAGAGAGGGAGAAAAAAAAAACCCAAUUUAAAAUACAGGUUAAAAUGCAGCCUCAUUUAAAAAUAGCUGAUAAAUCAAGACCAUAAGGUGAGGGAAACAUAAGGGUCAGACUGAAUCCAAACCAAAGGCCAGGCAGAGCAGCUCCAUCUUGCAGGCCCUGCGGAAAGAUGUCAAGUCCCGCAGGGCUCUAGUCUCUUGUGACAGAGCGUUCCACCACGUCGGGGCCAGUGCUGAAAAGGCCCUGGCCCUAGUUGAGACCAAUCUAACCUCCUUGAGGCUUGGGACCUCCAAGGUGUUGUCAUUUGUGGACCUUAAGGUCCUCCGUGGGGCAUACCAGGAGAGGCAAUCCCGUAGGUACGUGUGUCAUAGGUCGCAGAGGGCUUUAAAGGUCAAAACCAGCACCUUAAACCUGACCCUGUACUCCACCGGGAGCCAGUGCAGUUGGUUCUAGAAAAAGAGGUGCCGGAACUCACCACAAAUGCCUCGCUUGUUCUGUUAGAAUGGCAAUGGCGCCCACCUGAGAGGUGCUGGAACUGAGUUCCAGCUGAAAGCCCUGGUUUCCGCAUGGAACUGUAGAGUAAGAAAGGACCAUGAGAGUCGUCCAGUCCAACAGGAAAUAGUUUUUAAUUGUUUUUAUACAGGAAAGCGCUUUUAAAGACCAAUUUUCUUCAUUUCAUUGUUUCGGCUGUGGAGGUUCCUACUGUGAAAGCGCUUCAAACUAUAUUAUGGGCCACAAUUCAUAAAUAGAAUCAAACAGAUAAAAAGGCAGGUCCGGGUGGCCUGCAUUAUGAGGAAUGUGUGGAUGGCAUGGGUAGGCAUUUGUGCGUGUGUGCACACGGUGCGUGAGCUCUGAUCUGGGCACCUGCACCAUCAGGCUUCGGAGAAUCGGAACGCUCCCCUGGUGGCAGUGAAUAAGCAGAUCAAACAAAAGAAGUGUUCUUACCAGUUAGUUUCUUUAAUAAACACAGUGAGAGACAGACAAAGCAAUGUAUAUCUCUCUAGAAAUGGCGGUGCUCCCAGUAAAGGUUUACCCCUCCUCUGUCCCCAUUAAUCUGCGCCACUCCUACGUCGGGUAACCUGAGCUUGUUGCUGCUGCGCUCUCUGUUCUAUCACUCUUGGAGCCUGUCUAGUUCUAGGCGAAGGGGGUCUGGAAUGCUGUCCAAGGACACUGAAUCUGCCAGAUGUCUCCCUCCUGGUGUUUCCUCUUCUAGCUGUUCCUUAUCCAGUAUUUCCCAGCUUUUCACCUCUGGACUAUGCCCUUCUGCAAACCACUGUUCUAACUCAAUACUGUCCUCCUGCCCUUGGGAAGCUUCAGGAGAAGCGGGUAGCGGCUCCCACCAUUCCUCCUCAGUCCAGCCUCCAGUCUAGUCCAGUCCAGUCCAGACAUGCACCUUCUAGACCAGGGGUAGGCAACCUAAGGCCCGGGGCCCGGAUCCGGCCCAAUUGCCUUCUCAACCCGGCUCAUGGACGGUCCGGGGAUCAGCAUGUUUUUACAUGAGUAGAAUGUGUCCUUUUAUUUAAAAUGCAUCUCUGGGUUAUGUGGGGCAUAGGACUUCAUUCCUUUCCCACCCCCCCAAAAAAUAUAGUCCAGCCCAUGGCUUGAGGGACGGUGGACUGGCCCACGGCUGAAAAAGGUUGCUGACCCCUGUUGUAGACCAACAAUGAGCAUUGCUUCCCCUUUUCCCUCCCCUUCCCCAGCGCCGACGGGAUGUACGAGGUGUCCUUCUACUCCAACGCCGUCGUCUCCUACGAUGGCAGCAUCUUCUGGCUCCCUCCGGCCAUCUACAAGAGUGCCUGCAAAAUUGAGGUGAAGCAUUUCCCCUUUGACCAGCAGAACUGCACCAUGAAGUUCCGCUCGUGGACUUAUGACCGGACGGAGAUCGACCUGGUGUUGAAGAGCGAGGUGGCCAGCUUGGAUGACUUCACCCCCAGCGGAGAGUGGGACAUCAUUGCCCUGCCGGGACGGCGCAACGAGAACCCCAACGACUCCACCUACGUGGACAUCACCUAUGACUUCAUCAUCCGCCGCAAACCGCUCUUCUACACCAUCAACCUCAUCAUCCCUUGCAUCCUCAUCACCUCCUUAGCCAUCCUGGUCUUCUACCUGCCUUCCGACUGCGGCGAGAAGAUGACCCUCUGCAUCUCGGUCCUUUUGGCCCUCACCGUCUUCCUGCUUCUGAUCUCCAAGAUCGUGCCGCCCACCUCGCUGGACGUGCCGCUGGUGGGCAAGUACCUGAUGUUCACCAUGGUCUUGGUGACCUUCUCCAUUGUCACCAGCGUCUGUGUGUUGAACGUCCACCACCGCUCGCCCACCACCCACACCAUGCCGCCCUGGGUCAAGGUGGUCUUCCUGGACAAGCUGCCCACCCUCCUCUUCAUGAAGCAGCCCCGGCAGAACUGCGCCCGCCAGAGGUUGCGCCAGAAGCGGCAGAACCAGGAGCGGACGACCGGGAGCUUCUUCCUCCGCGAAGGUGCCAGGUCCUGCACUUGCUACGUCAACCCGUCCACGGUCAAGAAGUUCGGGGCGGGGAGCGGCGGUGAUGGCGGGGGAAGGCCCUUUACGGAAACGUCGGAGCCGGGAGUCAACGGUUACCGGGACAGGCCGGGUCAAACGGUGCCACCGCCAGGCCCCUGUUGCUGCGGCCUGGAGGAGGCUGUGGACGGAGUACGCUUCAUCGCGGAUCAUAUGAAGAGUGAAGACGACGACCAGAGUGUGAGUGUCUGGAAGGGAAGGGGCUUGAGGGCAGGGUGGUGGGCUUUUGUGGCCUUAAGUCAGUCUUGUAAAUAACAUACCCGCCAACAUUUUUCUGAAGGAGCAUCUCCACCUGCAUUGUUCAGCCCGGACACUGAGAUCCAGCUCUGAGGGCCUUCUGGUGGUUCUCUCACUGCGAGAAGUGAGGUUACAGGGAACCAGGCGGAGGGCCUUCUCGGUAGUGGCACCCGCUCAUCAGAUGUCAAGGAAAUAAACAACUGUCUGACUUUUAGAAGACAUCUGAAGGCAGUCCUGUUUAGGGAAGUUUUUAAUGUUCGAUGUUUUAUUGUGUUUUUUUAUUAUUUAAAGUUUUUGCGACAGAAAAAGGAGUAAAAACUAGAAAAAAACUUACAACCACAAUCAUUCAAAAUAAUUCAAAUUACAAACACAAUAAUUUUACUUUUAUAUCACAUUCUCAAUAAUUUUCCAAAUACCACCCCUCCCCCCACCCGACUUCCCCUCACCCAUGUGAGAUCUUAUUGGCAUUUGUAUUAUUGUUUCUUGUUGUCUUAGCAGUUAUUUAUACUUAAUAGUCAUAUCCUUUAUAAUAUGAUCUUGUAGCCUUGUGGGUCUUUCCCUUUACGUUUAUGUUAAACUUAAUUUCCAUAUCCAUAUUUUUUCAUAUAUAUCGCUACACACUCCCAUUCUCUCUUGAUUUUUGCUUGGGGCAGCCCCUAAUUGAUGCCGUUAAUUUUGCCAUCUCCAUAAAUUCACCAUUCUCCAUUCUGAAAUAUUUUUCCUGUUUUCUAAUUUUUUGCCUCUAGUAAUCUAGCCACUGCUGUCACAUAGAGGAAUAUAUUCUUUUUAUCUUUGAGGAUAUUGUUGGUUGGUUUUAUUGUGUUUUUAAUAUUCUGUUGGGAGCUGCCCAGAGUGGCUGGGGAAACCCAGUCAGAUCGGUGGUGUAUAAAUAAAUUAUGAUGAUGAUGAUGAUGAUGAUGAAAAUAAGGACGUCCUAUUCCAAAAGAAUACUAAUAAUUCCCCACCCAUUUGACUGUGCUGCCACAGCCACUCUGGGCGGCUUUCAACAUAUACAAAAACAUAAAAAACAUUUAUAUAGGGCUGACUUCAAAUGUCUUCUAACGGUUUUGUAGUUACUGAUCUCCUUGGCUCGGUGGUCACUCCAAACCCUCCAACAUUUCUCCAAUAAAAAUAGGGACGUCCUAAGGCAGGUAUCAGCAAACUUUUACAGCAGGGGGCCGGUCCACUGUCCCUCAGACCUUGUGGGGGGCCGGACUAUAUUUUUUUGGGGGGGGGGGAAUGAACGAAUUCCUGUGCCCCACAAAUAACCCAGAGGUGCAUUUUAAAUAAAAGGACACAUUCUACUCAUGUAAAAACACACUGAUUCCUGGACCGUCCGUGGGCCGGAUUCAGAAGGAGAUUGGGCCGGAUCCGGCCCCCGGGCCUUAGUUUGCCUGUCCAUGUUCUAAGGGAAAGCGGGACAUUCUGGGAUUAAAUCAGAAACCGGGAUAGCUUCUGCAAAUCCAGGACUGUCCCUGGAAAAUAGGGACAGUUGGAGCGCCUGAAAUAAGCCCACAAAAAAUUAGUAGGUUGCUUUCUCUCUCUGUGUGUAGGAUAUUAGGGGCUGCCAUCCCUGCUCACUCCUCCAACCCCCCCUACUUGCCAAUCCCAACCCUACUCCCCCCUUUAUCCCUCACCUAUUCCCUUGCAGCUCCUCCAGCCCCCUCUGCUCACAGUUUUCUGCAAUCCCCCCUCCAUCAACGUUUUCCCCAACGCCUUUUAAAGGAGGCUGGGUGCUUCAGAGAGCGGUCAUUUGAUCCAAACCCCUGCAAUCCAGGAAUCUCAGCCAAAACUUCCAUGACAGCAUCCUUUAGACCCAAGAUGCCUGAUGUGACUCACUUUCUAAUUUAUUUUUUACCACAUAUACAUACAGUGGCAAUGAUCUCUGGGUGAAAACCAAUCUGCCAGUCUUUGAUAUAAAGACAUAAGAACAGCCCCUGCUGGACCAAGCUGAUCACCCAUCAGAUGGGCGGGGUAUCAAUAAUAAGAUUAUUAUUAUUAUCUAAUCCUGCAUCCUGUUCCCCAGGGAGCUCUGAGAAUUGUAGCCGUUUGAGGGUCACAGGAGUUUCCUAACAGAUCUCAGCACCCUUAAACUACAGUUCCCAGGAUUCUUUGCAAGGGGUGGAGCCAUGAGCGUUUAACGUGGUACAGUGGUACCUCAGGUUACAGACGCUUCAGGUUACAGACUCUGCUAACCCAGAAAUAGUACCUCGGGUUAAGAACUUUGCUUCAGGAUGAGAACAGAAAUCGCGCCGCCACAGCGGGAGGCCCCAUUAGCUCAAGUGGUACCUCAGGUUAAGAACAGUUUCAGGUUAAGAACGGACCUCCAGAACGAAUAAAGUUCUUAACCUGAGGUGCCACUGUAUUGCAAUUGCUUUCAAUGUGUGGUCUUGGGCUAAGGUUACCAGAUUUUUUUCAAUGAAUCUGGGGACAUUUUUUCAACUUCCUGUUGAAUAGAUGGAUUUCGUCAGGGGACUGAUUUGUAAAUCCGGGGACUGUCCCCAGGAAACAGGGACGUCUGGUAACCUUACCUAUGUAGCUAUGUAGAACUUCCUUGUUCAGGCAAAGUCUACCUCUAAAUUCCAGUAGCUGGGGAACAAACUCAGUGGUUGCCUUUAAGGGUUCGAUUUGGACACUUCUGCCUGAACACAUUACAGUGGUACCUUGGGUUAAUAACUUAAUUCAUUCUGGAGGUCCAUUCUUAACCUGAAACUGUUCUUAACCUGAGGUACCACUUUAGCUAAUGGGGCCUCCCGCUGCUGCCAGACAAUUUCUGUUCUCAUCCUGAAGCAAAGUUCUUAACCCGAGGUACUAUUUCUGGGUUAGCGGAGUCUGUAACCUGAAGCGUCUGUAAACCAAGGAACCGCUGUAUAACUCGACGCUUCGUUCUGAUCAGUCAGGGCACUUCUUACAAAGCUUUCCCCACCAUAUCUCGAAUCAUCAUCUCCUGAAACAUGAUGCACUGUUUGUUUUUGUUUUUUUUUAAGAAAAAGGCUGUGGCAAUUUCCCAUCCCUUAGACAUUUCCUGGGGGUGACACAACUCUUCCUUGCUUCUUCCCCAUCUCCCUGCCGCCUCUCCUUUGCCAAGCCAUGAGUCAGAAUACCCUGUCCUUUCCUGACCUAUUCCCCACCUCCGAGUGCAGGGCAGCUGUGUUCUCCAACUGAGACACCGGCGAGCUCCAGAAUCAAUAUUUCCCUUCUGCUCGGCUGGAUCCCUGUGCUGAAGGCGCAUGAAAAAUUCAUGUGCAGUGAGAUAUGGAUGUAAGGGAGGGAGAGACCGAGAGAGAGAAGUCUGGGAAAACAGACUUAUAUUUCUUGGAGGUCUGCUGCUUUGCUGGUGGAAUAAUAAUAAUAAUAAUAAUAAUAAUAAUGUGGUACCUCAGGUUACAUAUGCUUCAGGUUACAUACGCUUCAGGUUACAGACUCCGCUAACCCAGAAAUAGUACCUCGGGUUAAGAACUUUGCUUCAGGAUGAGAACAGAAAUCGUGCUCCGGCGGUGCGGCAGCAGCAGGAGGCCCCAUUAGCUAAAGUGGUGCUUCAGGUUAAGAACAGUUUCAGGUUAAGAAUGGACCUCCGGAACGAAUUAAAUACUUAACCUUAGGUACCACUGUAAUAAUAAUAAUAAUAAUAAUAAUAAUAAUAAUAAUAAUUUGUACACUGCCCAUCUGACUGGGUUGCCCCAGCUACUCUGGGCAGCCUCCAACAUACAUAAAAACAUAAUAAAACAUUACAAGGGGUGCUGGGGGUGUUUUGGGCAUUUGUCCAAGUCCUUCCCCCAUCCAUCUGUGGCCAGAGAGCAAUGGGUCAAAGGUAGCCCCCGCCAACGACGACUUCCUCACCAAAGCAAAUCAUCCAUCUGAUCUGGUAGCCUUGCCAGAAACUAUUUGCAGAAGGAGAUGCUCUAUGCCCACUGGACCAGGGAGGUGUCAGGUAUGAAGCAGUUGCCAUAGGAACCGAGAGGAAGGGGAACCUGGAACAGCAGCAGAGUGAUGUCACUGCCCCAGGCUGCGCUCUGAGGCUGCAGGUUUGGGGCCAAGCCAGCUGAGCACUGAUGGGGGGGGGGGAGGAGACCGGCGAGACUCUCCCUUCGUCACCCUCAGUCGAAGGCAGGAAUGCUUCUGAAUACCAGUUGCUGGAAACUACUGGAGGGACGCGGGUGGUGCUGUGGGUUAAACCACAGAGCCGAGGGCUUGCCGAUCAGAAGGUCGGCGGUUCGAAUCCCUGCAAUGGGGUGAGCUCCCGUUGCUCGGUCCCUGCUCCUGCCAACCUAGCAGUUCGAAAGCGAGUCAAAGUGCAAGUAGAUAAAUAGGUACCACUCUGGCGGGAAGGUAAAUGGCGUUUCCGUGCGCUGCUCUGGUUCGCCAGAAGCGGCUUAGUCAUGCUGGCCACAUGACCCAGAAGCUGUGCACCGGCUCCCUCAGCCAGUAAAGCAAGAUGAGCACCGCAACCCCAGAGUCAGCCAUGACUGGACCUAAUGGCCAGGGGUCCCUUUGCCUUUACCUUUACUGGAGGUGAGAGGGAUGCAGGUGGCGCUAUGGUCUAAAUCACAGAGCCUAGGGCUUGCCACCACUGCUCAGUCCCAGCUCCUGUCCACCUAGCAGUUCAAAAGCACGUCAAAGUGCAAGUAGAUAAAUAGGUACCACUCUGGCGGCAAGGUAAAUGGCAUUUCUGUGCGCUGCUCUGGUUUCGCCAGAAGCGGCUUAGUCAUGCUGGCCACAUGACCUGGAAGCUGUACGCCAGCUCCCUCGGCCAAUAAAGCGAGAUGAGCGCCACAACCCCAGAGUCAGGCACGACUGGACCUAAUGGUCAGGGGUCCCUUUACCUUUACCUUAUAGUGCAAAGGUAAAACUUAGAUUUAGCACUCUGCCCAAUUUUUGCCCUGCUCAUCACUGGUGUGUGUGGCCCCCAGAAUGUGGCCCUUAGGGAGAAAGAAGGCUCCCCAUUCCUGAGCCAGCCUUUAUGAUUUGCAUUUUACAAAUUUCCAUAUAACCCACUUAAUAGAAUAAAACUCUCUGAGGCUUUAAAGACACUCUUGUGGGCAAUGAGAAGUGAACAAUAAGCAAAUAUUCCUUUUGGCACAAAGUUCCCAGCCUUCUUGCUUUUUCCUGGCAAAGGAUUUGGGUAUUACCCUUGAGAACUGGCGUACUUCAAAAAAUAAAUCUUAAAAAUCCCAUGUAAACAUGGGUCCAUGAGAGAUUGCACACUUAAAUAUAAUUGGAAGCUGAGCUGGAGCUGAGGACGAGUAUAUCCUCUGUGUACUGUGUUUGAGACUCCCUCCCCAUUCUCCCAGUACACGUAUGGCCCAUACAGAGAAUUUAGAAGCCUUGGAAACCCAGCUUUCAUUUAAAAGCAUAUCAGGGCUCUAGCCCUCAUGAGAAUGAAGAUAAAAUUGACCCAGAGCAGAAACCUGAAGGACUUUCCUGGUUUGCCAGCAAACCAGGCUUCAGAUAGCCUUCAGGGAGCUGUCAUUUCAGAGCCUAGGGCUUGCCGAUCAGAAGGUUGGGGGUUUGAAUCCCCGCCAUGGGGUAAGCUCCCGUUGAAAGGCCAGCUGCGUCAGGCCUCCUCUCCCUCUACUGCCACCAGGUAGCAGUCAUUCCAGCAGGCUACGUCAGUGGGAGAGAUGAGAAAGGCCAUCAGCUGAAAGGCCAGCUCUGAGCUGCUUCCAUUCCAGCUCCUCCUGAUAAGAGUUCCUGUUUCACUUCAAGAAAUGGUGCCUGAGUUUACUUCUUUCCUCUUCCCUGCUGGUUGCCUUUUCCUUUUGUGCCAUCGCUUUUAGGCCUGCGGGCAGGGAAGGCCUUGUUUUAAUUUGUAGUCCACAAACUGCUCUGCAAGCCCUUUGGCUUAAAAAAGGGAGUCCAACCACUCUAAGGGAGUCCAACUGGGACGCGGGUGGCACUGUGGGUUAAACCACAGAGCCUAGGGCUUGCCGAUCAGACGGUUGCCGGUUUGAAUCCCUGCAACGGGGUUAGCUCCCGUUGCUCAGUGCCUGCUCCUGCCAACCUAGCAGUUUGAAAGCACGUCAAAGUGCAAGUAGAUAAAUAGGUACUGCUCUGGCGGGAAGAUAAACGGCAUUUCCGUGCGCUGCUCUGGUUCGCCAGAAGCGGCUUAGUCAUGCUGGCCACAUGACCCGGAAGCUGUACGCCGGCUCCCUCGGCCAAUAAAGCGAGAUGAGCGCCGCAACCCCAGAGUUGUCCGUGACUGGACCUAAUGGUCAGGGGUCCCUUUAUCUUUACCUAAAACAACUGUAAAGGGUGCAAUCAACACAGGCAACUCUAUUGUUGUUUUUGUUUAAUGCUAACUUUACUAUUCUGCUUUUCACCAUCGGUUUGAAGGCAGUUUGCAAAAUUAGCAAAUGAAAGAAACUUCCUAAAACAAAAGCAGUAAUUAAAACCAGCAUUACAAAAAAAAGAAAGAAAGAAAGAAAGAGGAGGGGAACCCGAGCUGAAACCAUUUUUAAAAGCAGGCUAAACAGUCUGCUCUUUAAAAUAUUUAAGCAGGUCUUGCCUCUCCCCAGGAUCAGGUUCUGUGGGAGCAAGGGAAGGAGGCUAAAAAUCACAAAAGGAGAAUUAGCAACACCCCCCCCCCCACUUAGGAUUCUCUGGGGGUUGGGGAGGGGCGUGCAACAUUUGAAAUUGUAAAAAAAACAAAACCCCACUAAUAAUUGUGGUGGCUGGUACUCAUUGGGGCUGUUAGAGCAGCGGACCAAAAAUAAAAGUAGUAUAAGUAAGGUAAAGGGACCCCUGACCAUUAGGUCCAGUCACAGACGACUCUGGGGUUGCAGCACUCAUCUCGCUUUAUGGGCCAAGGGAGCCGGCGUACAGCUUCUGGGUCAUGUGGCCAGCAUGACUAGGCCGCUUCUGGCGAACCAGAGCAGCGAAUGGAAACGCCAUUUACCUUCCCACAGGAGCGAUACCUAUUUAUCUACUUGCACUUUGACGUGCUUUCGAACUGCUAGGUUGGCAGGAGCAGGGACCGAGCAACGGGAGCUCACGCCAUCGCGGGGAUUCGAACCACCGACCUUCUGAUCGGCAAGUCCUAGGCUCUGUGGUUUAACCCACAGCGCCACCCGCAUCCCUAAAAAAGUAGUAUAGACACCAACAAUUGGGAAACACUGGCCUGCAGGUGCUCUGAUUGGAGAAGAGCCUUUGCCAAAGGUGGUCGUGGACUUUGAAGGCACUCGAACUCAGGACAAAAGGGAGAAAUGUGCUAAGAGGAAGGCACAUUUGGCAAACCCUCACUGUGAUGAACUCCCACCCGGGAACCUAUGUCCCCACUGUGGAAGGAUGUGUGGGUCCAGAAUUGACCUCCACAGUCACUUACGGACUCACUGUUAAAACCUGUUUAUGGAAGACAAUCUUACUCAGCUAUGAGUGAUCGCCAAAGAAGAAGAAAGAAGAAGAUCAACAGCAGGUGGCGCCAGAGCCGAUGGCAGGCAAGGCCAAUUGCUUCUGCUCUUCCUUCCUGCUCUGUUCUACAAGGGCAAAACUGAGACCCAAGAGGAGAAAACUAACAGCCUGGGCUGUCCACUGGACUGGCUGUAAGGAAGCAGGAAGGGGCCUGACCGGGAGUGUGGUGGCAAAUUCAGAAGUGCAGGGUCCCUUCAAGAUAGUCACAGAAAUGGCCCCUCAUACACCCCUAAGAUUAGACAGCGAUCAUAUAAUUACAGUGGUACCUCGGGUUAAGUACUUAAUUCUUUCCGGAGGUCCGUCCUUAACCUGAAACUGUUCUUAACCUGAAGCACCACUGUAGCAAAUGGGGCCUCCUGCUGCCCCUGCACCGCCGGAGCACGAUUUCUGUUCUCAUCCUGAAGCAAAGUUCUUAACCUGAAGCACUAUUUCUGGGUUAGCGGAGUCUGUAACCUGAAGCGUAUGUAACCCAAAGUGCCACUGUUAUACAAUUAUGCAAUAACCCUGGGCAACCGGGGGGGGGGGCAAUGGGUGGAUCUUUGCACCCCGGCACUGCAUAUGCUUAAGACAGCCCAGAUUGGGCUUUUUGUGGAGUGUGUGUGUUUUGUUUUGUUUUGUUUUGUUUUGUUUUGUUUUGUUUUGUGUUUUGUUUUGUUUUACCUUACCUUACCUUACCUUACCUUACCUUACCUUACCUUACCUUACUUUACCUUACCUUACCUUACCUUACCUUGGGACGCGGGUGGCGCUGUGGGUUAAACCACAGAGCCUAGGACUUGCCGAUCAGAAGGUCGGCGGUUCGAAUCCCCACGACGGGGUGAGCUCCCGUUGCUCGGUCCCUGCUCCUGCCAACCUAGCAGUUCGAAAGCAUGAACUGCAAGUAGAUAAAUAGGUACCGCUCUGGUGGGAAAGUAAACGCCGUUUCCGUGCGCUGCUCUGGUUCUCCAGAAGCGGCUUAGUCAUGCUGACCACAGGAGCCGGAAGCUGUACGCCGGCUCCCUCGGCCAAUAAAGCGAGAUGAGCACCGCAACCCCAGAGUCAGCCACGACUGGACCUAAUGGUCAGGGGUCCCUUUACCUUACCUUACCUUACCUUACCUAGAUCUGGCACCCGUUUGGUCGGAAGCAGGCCCCGCAAGCGGGCCCACACACAACAGGUGCUUGCCAAGCCAAAACGGGUUCCAGCUGACAGGUGCUAACUUCCGCAUCCUUGGCCUUUCCCCAGGUGAGCGAGGACUGGAAGUACGUUGCCAUGGUGAUCGACCGCCUCUUCCUGUGGAUCUUCGUCUUCGUCUGCGUCUUUGGCACCAUUGGCAUGUUCCUGCAGCCUCUCUUCCAGAACUAUGCCACCAACUCCCUCUUGCAGAUCAACCACGGUGGUUCCGGCUCCAAGUAGCAUCUGCGCUCGCCCUUCUCCUUGGCCAACCUGUUCAGAGCGAGCGGAGAGAGGCGGGCCAAGGAAGAUUAAAGAGAGAGGGAGGGAGGAGGGAGGGAGAUGGAGCGGGACAGAGAGACACCCUACCCGAUCUCUACUUUUACGGACGCCGGCCUGAGGUGCGCUCAAUAUGGGAUUGUGGGCCCUUUCCCCUGCUGUCUGCCAUUGCCCCGGCUCAAGCUUCAGUACUGAGAACAGAGCCUUGCUUGCAGAGAAGUGGGCCAAAGCCAAACGACAAUACUGGAAUAGGUUGGUUUCUUCCGGGCUGCCAGGAUGAUAUGGUAGCUCAACAGUAGAGCACCUGCUUUGCAUGCGGAAGGUCGUAGGUUCAAUCCCCGGCUUCCCCACUUAAAAAAAAAAGAGGUGGUGGUGGUGGAAAAGGUUGCAGCAGGGUCAGGCCUGGCUGUCUGAUCUGCUUAUUUUAGGCAGCUUCCUCCAUUCCCAUUGAUCAGAGGUGUCAGUUCCAAGCAGCCAGGAGGAGUCAGUUCCUUCCAAGUGGCUGAGGUAAGAUGUCAAGUUCCUGGACGGCUGUCAGGAUGUGUUAUGGGGCACAGGGGGCGGCGAGGGUGAGGGUCUUGCAGCCUCGAGGGCAUUUUGGAUACGGACUACAGCUUUCUCCCUGCUCCCCACCCCAUACCCCCUGGCUCGUGCCAAUUACGGGGAACCAGCUCCCAACUCAGGGAAAAAAUAAUCAUCAUCUAUGUGUCUAUAUAUAAUUAAAUAUCCACAUCUACACCCUCCAUCUCUGAGGAGCAGCUGCAGAUUGGAAGGCCACCCUGGGGCGCAACCCUCGGCGGGGAGAGGUGUGGGGUGGGGAGAGCUUGGCAGAAAAAAAGGACAUUUCGCAGGGGGUCUCCUAGGACCACCCGUGAGAUUUGACCAAUACAUCCACAAGGUCAGGUGGCAACCCUGCGCGAAGAAGGGACUCUCGGGAUCUCUCAGGACAGACUGAUGCCAGGACCACCUCUCCCUACAAUAUGUGUGUGUGUGGCCAGAGGAGAUGGAGCGUAGACUGGUGCUUCAGCCACCCAGGGUCCGGUUCAGGCGGGGUCUUCCACUCUGGGCCAUCACCAGCAGCCUCGGUAGAGAGACCAGUGUCCCCCCACAGAGCCACUGGGUGUGUCUUCCUGGCCCUGUCCUCCUCUGCUCCUGAAAAGCCAAACGCUGACACCGCAAUACCAAUAAAAU